AUGGAAGUAUACGUUGAUGAUAUGCUGGUCAAGAGCAGGAGGUCGCAGGAGCAUCUAGUACCUCGCGCAAGCAUUCAGUAUGAUGAGGUUUUGCGAAGGACCAAGAACUUUGAAUGGAGUGGCGAAUGUGAUAAGGCGUUGCAAGAAUUGAAAGAGUAUCUAACAAAGCCCCCUUUGCUCUCAAAUCCGAAGGAAGGGGAGACGCUGUUUUUGUAUUUGGGAGUAUCUGAGAAUGCGGUCAGCUCAGUGUUGGUGAGAGAAGAAGGAAACAAUCAAAACCCGAUCUAUUAUGUUAGCAAGAUGCUUCAGGGCGCUGAGUCAAGAUAUUCUGAGAUGGAGAAGCUAGCCCUUGCUUUAGUUGUCACAGCUCGAAAAUUGCGACCUUACUUCCAAUCGCAUAAAGUGGUGGUGCUGACGAAUCACCCCCUCAAACACGUGAUGUCGCGACCCGAGGCCUCCGGGAGACUAAUUGAAUGGGCCGUGGAAUGGGGCCAAUAUGAUGUAGAUUACCAACCCAGGACCGCGCAGAAAGCGCAAGUGCUGGCGGACUUUGUGAUAGAGUUCUCCAGCGAUCCCAAGUCACCUUUGGCUGCUGAAGAACAAAUUUCGAAAUGGAUGCUGCACGUGGACGGUUCCUCAAACGCUAACAAUGGAGGAGCGGGCAUAUUGAUCCAAGGGCCCAAGGGAGUUGAGAUCGAGGUAGCAGCUGAGGCGGAAUAUGAAGCGCUCAUCUUGGGGUUAGAACUCGCCUACGAAGCUGGAACCAGAGACCUGGAGGUUUUCACAGAUUCCCAGUUAAUUGCUUUACAAAUUGAGGGAACGUACCUAGAACAGAAAAUGACAAGGCGGACACCUUAUCCAAAUUUGGAGCUGCAAUGGACGGGAUUAGAGAUUGCAAGAUUACAGCCUUGGUCCGUGAGCGAUCAGCUCUCUCGAGCAGAGGAGGUACAGGUGGUCUUUGAAGCUGAGUCGUGGAAGGAUGAAAUUGUCAAGUACCUUGAGGACGGCACCUUGCCCGCCGAUCCCGUUGCUGCGAAAAGAGUAAAGUUUCGAGCUGCUCGGUUCACCAUGCUAUCAGGUCAACUCUACAAGCGAAUAGUGGAUGAGCCCCUCUUAAAAUGUUUAGACAAGGAGAGAGCCCUUUACGUGAUGCGCGAGAUCCACGAAGGAAGCUGCGGGAACCAUUCUGGUGCGAGGUCGCUAGCACAAAAGAUCACGCGGCAAGGAUACUUUUGGCCGACCCUGGUCAAAGACUCUAGAGACUUGUGGGGAAUUGACAUUGUUGGACCUUUUCCCCCCACUCAAGCUCAGAAGAAAUUCAUCAUUGUGGCGGUAGAAUACUUCUCCAAGUGGGUCAAAGCGAAGGCCGUGGCCAAGAUAUCCGAAAAGGAAGUCAUUAACUUCAUUUGGAAGAACAUCAUUUGCAGGUUUGGAAUACCUAGAGUUCUAAUAUCUGACAAUGGCACCCAGUUUCAGGGAAGGAAGAUUACAGAAUGGUGCAAGGAACUCAAGAUCGCGCAACAUUUUACAGCGGUCGCGAACCCACAAGCGAACGGACAAACAGAAGUGACUAACAGGACGAUCUUGCAGCACCUGAAGACGCGCCUCGAGAACAAAGGAUCGUGGGUUGACGAGCUGCCUGGAGUUCUGUGGGCUUACCGCACAACUCCACGAUCCGCCUCGGGCGAAACCCCCUUCUGCUUGGUGUACGGAACAGAAGCUAUUAUCCUGGCAGAAAUCGGAGAGGAGUCCCAAAGAGUCGCAUUAUAUGACCCUGAAAGCAACCAAAACGAGCGAAGUUUCGAUCUCAACGUGAUCAAGGAGAAGAGGGAUGCGGCACAUGCCCGAAUCCUGCACCAUAAAGGGUUGAUGAUGAAGAGCCACGACCGCAAAAUUUGA